CAUGCCUCCUGACGGCGUCCCGACGCUCGCUGACUCGAUUCGGGCGAAUACGAGCGGAGAGUCGGCGCUGUUUGCAUUGAUAGUUAUUAGAAAUUGAUCCCUGUUCUGCCUUUGUUCAGUUCAAUCAUUGAUCAGCGGUGGAGCGACCGGCGGAGCAGCACAGCCUCAGUGUUAGCCACGCCGAUCUGGGAUCAGCACCGCGGACAGCACUGCUGUUUUACACGCGCUCUCCUUUCUCCCGGUUGUAUGUUUUUGUACUCUUUAUCCUCCCAGACCAGCUCGGCCGUACUUAGGCGUAGGGAAACUUUUAAUGCGCCUGUGAAUCGCUGUUCCUGGACGUAGCUGCAACUUUUCUCAGGCAGCUUCGCGUUUUAUGCGGCUCGUGUCGGCGGCCGCAGCGUCGCUUCUCCCAGCAAGCUACGGGGAAUUAAGUUCUAAUUACUACGCUUUUGGACCGCGGAGAAAGUUUUAUUUCUCAUUUGGAAAGUUGAUUAUUUUAUUUGUUUUUAUUUUUUUUGUAGCUGCUAGUCGUAACGCUCGGACGCUUUUAUCUGCCCAGAAUCAUUGAAUUGAAACGGCGUUACGGGCGUCUUAAAUCGCGUCUUCUCGGCGUGUAAAGGCACGAGCGGCGGACUGCGUGGUAGCUGGCAGCAGAAUGUCUCUGAAUAAUGGCGUGGAGACUGUGGCAGAGGGAGCUGAACUCUGUCGCCUCUGAGCUGGCCAGUCGGCAGGAGGAGAGCGAACAUUCCCACAAGCACCUGGUGGAGCUGAGCAGGGAGUUCAAGAGAAAUGUCCCUGAGGAGGUCCGGGAGAUGGUGGCACCUGUUCUCAAGAGUUUCCAGGCGCAGGUGGUCGCUCUGAACAAGCGCAGUAAGGAGGCAGAGUCUGCGUUCCUGGGAAUCUACAAACAGCUUAUUGAGGCCCCAGAUCCGGCUCCUUUGCUGGAGGCCUCCCAGUCCCUGGAGGAAAGGCUGCAGCAGCUUCAGAGUUCGGCCCCAGACAGCGAGGCCCUGGUGCGCGAGAUCAGGCACUGGAGGAAACACCUGGAGUGCCUUGAAAAGACAGUAGCUCUCUGUACGUCUCCAGAGCCCACAGAGGACGGCUCAGCGGCUCCGGCUGCGCCAGAAGAGGCCUCAGAAUCCGGCUCUCCGGCCUCACUGAUGACCCCGAACAGCACGCCGGCCCCCGAGGCCCCGGGGUCCCCACAGCAGAACCACCAGGACCAAACGGACGAUCGACGGGAGGAGGAGGAGGAGGAGGAGGAGGGCGCUGAUGUUAGUUUGGCUGACAGACUAUCAGAGGCCGAGGAGAAGAUCAAAGUUCUGCAUUCAUCAUUGAACGCUGCGCAGACAGAGCUGCUGGAGCUGCGCUGUAAAUACAACCAGGAGAUGGCAAACAAGAAAGCCGAAGUCGACGCCAUCGUGGCGAAUCUGGAGAAAGCGAACCAGAGAGCAGAAAUGGCUCAGAGGGAAGUGGAGCGGCUAAAGGAGCAGCUAGCCAGCGGGCCGGCCACAGUGGCAGGGAGCUGCCAUCCAGCAGAGGGCGCCACCAGGGACAAGAAGGAGAAGAGCGAGCUGCUGUCAGCCCAGGUGGAGGCCGCCUUGCUGGCCAAAGAUCGCGAAAUCCUUCGGCUUCUUGAAAACAUUCAGCGGCUGCAGUUCACACUGCAGGACGUCCAAGAGACUUCGUCCAACCAGAUCCUGGAGCUGGAGCGCCAGCUGGCGUACAAGACGGAGGCUAUCGAGAGAUUAGAGGCUAAACUGCAGUCACAGAUGGACUACGAGGAGAUUAAAACUGAGCUCAGCAUCCUAAAGGUUAUGAAACUGGCUUCGGCAAACGGCAGCUCGUCCCAGGAUUCUGCCAAGGCUGCAGAGGCUCUUUUGUUAGAUAAAGAUGUCUUUCUUCCAUCUCACAAGUACACGGGAGAUAAAACCCGACUAUUGCACAGUAAUGACGAUGACCGCUCGGACAACACAGGGAAGGAGGCGAGCAGGCCGCCCGGCUCCCAUUCCUCCUCCUCCCAGGCGGAGAGCCGUGCCUCCCCCAGCCCUGGCCCCCCCACCCUGAACGGGUCGUCCUCGGGCCACGACCUCCCCCGUCCCUUCUCGGCGUCGCCGUGCUCCGGAGACAGGAUGUCAGGAGACCACAUCCUCCACAAGCAGCUCCUCUCCCCACACUUCAAGAAGGAAGGCAUCAUGGCUUUCCCCACCGCCCUCUAUGCAGCGAAGGUCGCGCUCAUGUCGGCCUCGCAAGGGUCCGCGGGCGCCGGCAGUAUGGACGCCGGCCUGCCCAGCGACCAAUCGGAAAGCGGCAGCUCAACGGCAGGCGACGAGGACCAGCUGGACACGGCGGAGAUCGCCUUCCAGGUGAAAGAGCAGCUGUUGAAGCACAACAUCGGCCAGCGAGUGUUUGGCCACUAUGUGCUGGGCCUGUCCCAGGGGUCGGUCAGCGAAAUCCUGGCCAGACCCAAACCCUGGAGGAAGUUGACCGUGAAAGGCAAAGAACCUUUUAUCAAAAUGAAACAGUUCCUCUCUGAUGAGCAGAACAUCCUGGCUCUGAGGACCAUCCAGGUCCGGCAGAGAGGGAGCAUCACUCCACGCAUCCGAACUCCUGAAACUGGGUCAGAUGACGCCAUUAGAAAUAUCUUGGAGCAGGCCAAGAAGGAGAUCCAGUCACAGAGGGGCGGUGAUGGGAAGUCGUCUCUGAGCAGCUCAUCUGGCCGAAGCAGCAACGGAGCAGGCAGCAGCUCUGAUGAAACCAUAAAGAACAUCCUUGAGCAGGCCAGGAGGGAGAUGGAGGCCCAGCAGCAGGCGCUCAUGGAGAUGGAGGCCUGCGGAAGGUCGUCCGCCGCCAGCUCUGGGGUCCAGGUGGAGCGCCUGGGGCCCCCAGAGCGCUCCAGAGUCCUCCCAUUGCCCAUCUCCAUCAAACAGGAGGACGGGGGAUGCAUCGCCGUGUGCAUGGCCAACUCCAUCAGCAGCCCCCAGACGCCGCUCAGCGUCCUCUCCCCGGCCGCUUUCGUUCAGAACAUCAUCCGCAAAGUCAAGUCGGAGAUCGGCGAAGCUGGCACUUACUUCGAUCAGCACUGGUCUCAGGAGCGGGGAGCCAUGAUACUGAGCGGCGGAGGCUCCUCUCGGCCCUUUAGUUCCGUCUCUCCCUCCUUGUCUUCCUCCUCCUCCGGGCCCCCCACGCUGUCCCGCACCUGGCCCCGCCUGGAGAACGGCGACGGCCUCGCCAACAGUGAGGAGGUGUCCAACGCGGACGACGAGCUGGGCCUGGGCCGGCCCGUGGAGGUGAAGGUGGAGUCGGACACCUCGGUGAGCGGCGAGUCCCCUGGACCCAGUCCGGGCCGUCUGUCUUACUACCCGGCAUACAUCCCGCGUGCCCUGAAGCCCACCGUGCCCCCCCUGACGCCGGAGCAGUACGAGAUGUACAUGUACCGAGAGGUGGACACCCUGGAGCUGACCAGGCAGGUGAAGGAGAAGCUGGCGAAGAACGGCAUCUGUCAGCGGAUCUUUGGAGAAAAGGUUCUGGGUCUCUCUCAAGGCAGCGUCAGUGACAUGCUGUCACGUCCCAAACCCUGGAGCAAGCUGACCCAAAAGGGCCGGGAGCCCUUUAUCCGCAUGCAGCUGUGGCUACUGGACCAGCUGGGCCAGAGCCUCAGCCAGCCUCCGAACCAGGGCCACACUCAAGAUAAAAGUCCCGUAACAGCCCAGUCCUGUCCCUCCCCACCGCCCAGUCCAGCAGAAAGCAACCCGAGUCCAGUGGCUGAGCCGGUCAGUCUCUCACUGGAGAGCAGCAAAGAGAACCAGCAGCCUCAAAGCCUUGGCUUGGGGUUGCCCAGCCACCCAGAAGGUGGAAAAUCCACUUCCAGUCUCAUGGGUCUGCAUCAGCCUACGACCCCAUUAGGAAUCCAGGAGCUGGUGGCCAUGUCUCCAGAGCUAGAUACGUACGCCAUCACCAAGAAGGUCAAGGAGGUGCUAACAGAUAACAACCUUGGCCAGCGUCUUUUUGGGGAGACCAUCUUGGGUCUGACUCAAGGGUCGGUGUCUGACCUGCUCUCCAGGCCUAAACCUUGGCACAAACUCAGCCUAAAAGGUCGGGAACCCUUUGUCCGCAUGCAGCUAUGGCUCAAUGAUCCGCACAAUGUGGAGAAGUUGAGAGUCAUGAAAAAGAUGGAGAAGAAAGCUUACCUGAAGAGGCGGUACGGUCUGCUGAGCACUGGCUCUGACAGCGACUCGCCCAGCACUCGCUCUGAGUGUGUGAGUCCGGCCCUCGCCUCGUUGGACUUGUGUCCCUUCAGCCAGGUAAAGAAGCCUCGAGUGGUGCUGGGAGCCGAGGAGAAAGAAGCCCUGAGGAAAGCGUACAUGCAGGAGCCGUACCCGUCCCAGAACACCAUCGAGAUGCUGGCGUCGCAGCUCAACCUCAAAACCAACACUGUCAUCAACUGGUUCCACAACUACAGGUCCAGGAUGAGGCGUGAAGUGCUGAUGGGCGGUCUUCCAGAUAAUGACACAGACGCCGAGCCCAACAGCUACUCCCCCUCAGUAAUACGGAGCCCCAACUCCGAUGGCGAGGACAAGAGACUGCUGCUGCCCUCAGGACAAACCCACCCCGGCCUUCCUCUUAGCACUACCGACGCACUGCCUCACGUUAAACAGGAGGCAACUUACAGGGAAGAGGACAGCAUGGGCGGAAGGGAAGGGUCACAGAAAGAAGUCGGAGUGCAGUGUUUUCCCGCCACCAUGCCGUUGUCCCCUUUGAAAACCGAGCACGAAGACUCUGCCUCAGGCUGCCGCGAGCCCCACCCGGCUGGCCAGAGCCCGACGCAGGAGGAGGGCGCAUGCAACCAGAUUCAGGGACUCCACCUCGGCGCAGCGUCCGCGGACGGCCUGCAGCGAGCCAACAAGUCCAGGUACGAUGGAGAAGAAUCCGGGGAGUCGCCCAUUGACCCGGUCAGCUUCAAGGCUACAUCGGAGCCGUGCCGCAGCAGCCUGGAGGUCUCGCUGAACUCGCCGUCCGCCGCGUCGUCACCCGGCCUCAUGAUGUCCGUCUCCCCCGUGCCCUCCUCCUCCGCGCCCAUAUCGCCCUCGUUGCCCAACCAGGCGACAAGCGCCAACCACGGCAUGGACGCUAACCCGCUUCCUCCAUUCCAAAGCCCCAAACUCAACAGAAGCACUCAGAGACGCAACGAGAAAAUGGCCAACCUCAAUAACAUCAUCCACAGGCUGGAGAGGGCAGCCAAUCGAGAAGAAACACUGGAGUGGGAGUUUUAGGGCCUGCUUUGACGUGUCUCAUCCAGAAAGACUGCUGCUGCACACAACGAGGAAGAAAGGUUGGAUGGAAGCUUCCGGACCUGAACGGAGCUUGGCUCCUUGAGGCAGUGUCGUCUUGGACUGGAAACAGGAAUGCAGAGGAGAACACGAAGCUGAACUUCCUACAAUAAUUUAAGAGUUAAAAAAAAUUUAUAAAAAUGUAUUUGUUUUGUUUGUUUAUUUUUUUCUUUUGAUAAUGCAUACUACUUUGAAAUGUAUGUGACAGCGCUAGCUGUUGUUUUAACUUAUUGGACUCGACAUGAAGACUUUUGCAGCUAUGGUGUCAUUUAAUGUACACUGAAGUUCUGAAGAUUGCCACUGGGUGAGAUUAAAAAAAAAGACCUCUGUCUUAAGCCAUUAAAAGCACUAUGACUAUUUGAAAAAAAAAAAAGACACUGACCAAAUUUGCUACUUUUUGAAUAGCAGUUUUUCAAAUUUUGUCUGUCAGACUGGACAGUUUAAGUCAAGUAACGUGAAUUCCAAUUACUGACUGAGGGAUAGUCCUUUAAGACUCUAAAUAUACAACACCUUGUAUGUACUUAGUUUCUUGGUGAUAUGUUUUGAAAUCUUUGUAACUCACACGUAUAAAAUGUGGUUGUACAUGUUGUAGAAUUGUCUGCAAUAGCCUUCUCUAAAUCUGAUGUAGCAUGGUACUCACCUGACCCUGUUAUCCUCUGUAGUUAGUCACCUGUGAUUAUACUUGAGCGAAAACGAACAAAAAAAAAAGAGGUUACACAACAAAUAGUUGAAAAGCCUGCAAAAAAGGAAAAAAAAGUUAAACAAAGGAAUAUAAAUGUUUUAUUUUAUUUUUCUCUCUUCAUUUUCUUUUUUUUUCUUCUUUUUUUUAAGAAUACUUGAGGUUUACAGUUUCGGGCCCUUGUACCUUUUGGUUAAAAGUGAAAGCUGCGCUUCACUUGAGCCGGGUUUACACAGUUUCUUUCAGACUUACCUCUUCGACCCUCUUAGGCACUGGUUCUCAGACCGUAAACAGGCCAAGACACACGGAGCUUGGUUUACCUCAGAUUAGGUUCACACACAUCACGCUACGAUCACGCAUUUCAUGAACAGAAACGACAGAUUUGACUCAGCAGAGGAGGAGCGCUCUGCCUUCGGCUACGGGACACUUUGCCCCUCCACUAAUUUGUACCUCAGGAUUGCACCCAUUCACUUAAACCAUCGCAUAUGUUUAUUUAUCUUUGUAGUUAAUAGGCACAAAGUGCUAACUAGAUAUCUAUGUAUACUGAAGUUUAAGAAAAACACGUUGAUUUCAAAACCAAGACACCCAAUGCCAGACUUACAAGGAUUGAGCCUCUGGGCUAGAGCCAGUUUUGAUACCCAAUAAUAAAGAUAUUUUACUAAUGAAAAUUACAUUUAGGCCUGUCAACAUUAACGCGGUAAUGCAUUAAUCUAAUAUUACAUCGUUAAUAUUACAUGAUGCAGAUUUAUCGGCUUUCCUAUUUUGACCUAAAAGCCUCUCUUGUGUGGAAGAUUACCGCGUUCCAGGCUGCGCGUUACACGGUCUUGUACUGCGGUCAGCAAUGCAGAUUUCUGCUGUAGUUUCAUGUUGUCCUAAAAAAAUAACAAAAACAGAAUUAAUGUUAUAAUUUUCAAAUACUUGAGAUUGGUUUGUAUUUAUAAAAGAAAUCCUAAAUAUUAAUGCCGUUGACCUCAUAUGGGUUCAGGAGUUAUGUGAACCCAUAUGAGUUCGCAUAACUCAUAUGGGUUAUGAGGAAUUUGUUGAAUGCAAAACAUUUAAAAAAAUAAAUAUUUGGCGCCCCCCAAAAUUGGUGCCGUGGGCUACUGCCCCUUUAAGCUCUUUCUAAAGUCUGGUCCAGAAGAUGCCAGACGAUGUGAUAACAGUAUUCCUCUGACGGUACGAAGCAGGGCUGCCUGUCUCCCAGGUGUUGCUGCACACUGCCAGUCAGCUGGCCUAGUUAAAGCCCCUAUUUUGUUCUCAUACCUACAGAAAACAUAUUUCAAGUUGCAUAUAGACAGUUGUGGCAUAGAAACUAAAAGAGCGCCAUGUCUCAUUUGUAUUAAUGCAGUUUUAAAAGUGCAGUUGUAAAUUUUUCUAAAUAAAAACUUUUACAUAAUAUGUUUUAUUAUAGCUCAGCCAUGUUAUUUUAUUGCUCUAGCUUAUAAAAUUAAAAUCUCAUCCUGGCCGAUGUCUCGAAGUAUAAAGUAUAUUUAUGAAUGAAGAGGUUGGAAGGCCUCCUUACCAUCACCCUAAUCUUCUGCUCCUUCCAGAUUCUCAGGCGUGUCGAGCUCAUUUUCAUUUUAGGCCACAUCAAGAUCAAGAACACUGGAUUGUGUUGAUAAAAUUACCCAAUUACAAACUGUUAAAAUAUUAAUAAAUAGCUGUCUUAACAAUUGAUGCAAUCCUCUUAAAGUUAAAUAUUGAACAUAUUUUCCACCUUUGUGGAAUUUGGCAAAAUAUACAAAAAAAACAACAGGGAUUUGACUUAUGAAAUAAUAUUCUAUUUGAAAUAAUGUCCUAUUCAAAGGUUUUAUUUGUAGUCUAGAAGGCCACAUGAAAGCUUCUCUUGGUGCCAGAUGUGGCCCGCGGACCUUGAGUUCGACACAUGCGCUGUUGGAUUCAAGUGGGGCCACUCUGAACACGUGACACGUUUCACGUAGAAGAAACACGAUGUUGAAAUUAAAAGAUGAAAAUGGAAUCUAAAUCUGCCGGAUUUCUAAACGUAUUUAUAUUGUUUUCAGAAAACUUCAUUUCACAAUUUUUAUUUUUCACAUAUUUGGGUUUCCGAUUCCCAUUUUGGUUUAUUUCUUUACAAAAUACGACAAAUUAAGCCUCCUUUUCAAUCUAAACUAGCUCCUGCUAGUAGGUAUUAUUUAUUCACCCACUGUUAUUAAUUAACAAAAAUGAACAAAUUGCUAACUCUGUUUUGUUGGGGGGGGGGGAUGCUGAGUAUGCGACGACCAAAACUUCCAAGGUAUAAAAUGGUGACGGGGCGAAGUGAGCCUCUGUUUAGUGGCUCAGGUGAGCGUUCCCUCCACUGAGAACCAGCAGGAAGCAGGGUGCGUGGGAACGUUCUCCUUCGUAUGUGUACAGAUGCUCCUAACGGGUAACUUCUGAACUCAGUCGGGUCUCUCCCAGUCGUGAGAAUAAAUGACACUUUAAUGGAACAGCUGCCGCGCGCGAUGCAACGUGGUCAACGUAACACUGCUGAGAUGAGAUGUGCACCGACUAAAGCUCGGUAUAUCAGAAAGCACGAUGCUUGUCAUCAUCCUAAAACCCUUCAGUCUGUAAGUAAGGUAUAUUAAAGAGCAAAACCCCCCGCAUAUUAUCUUUGACCACUCGUGUAUUGUGUCUGUAGCCGUUUCUUUGUCAUGCUUGCAGGAUGUUCUUUAUGUAUUUUGCCUCUAUUUUAUACUCUGAACACUUACCUACAUAUCCAAUACCUCCUGUACGAACUACUUGCAGCACUUAGGUUUUUGAUAAUUGUGGGAACUCCGAGAACUUUUUUUCCAAUAUGAGCGUCAUCCUUACUUAGCGUCCUCAAAAGUCUUGCCUUUACUGUAUUGUUGGAUUUGGUAGUAAACACUUGCACAUGUCUACAUAGUUCAGAGGACUCGGAUUGUAUUAUGUAGAGCUAUAUAUAUUACACAAUUAUUAAAAAGAAAAAAAAACAUAAAAGUAAUCCUACAUCCUCGGGACAAAAUGUGCUGAAUAUAUUGAGAUAUAGUGUACAGAUUUUAAUAAACCAAACUCUGUCGAGCCAGUUCUUGUCUGGCAAGCUUGCCCACGUUUUAGACCUUCUCUCAGGGUAGUCUUGCUUUUUAAAGCUUUACUGAAACGGUUGCUCUCAUCGGUGAUGGUGAUCAUGAUAAACAUGUGGUGUGUAGAGAAUGACUCUGUUGUGCUCUUCAAUAAAUGAUGAUGUGGAUCUUGUACGGUCGCUGGAGUUUGAGCUGUCUCCUAUGAAGUCUCGGUUUGCUCGGAGGACCGACGCAGUUUUUGUAAUUCACCGCGCGGAUGUGCGUCAAAGCACAGCGCAGACCGGAAGCACCAGAAGGAGGCUUGUUGGGUUGCUUUUUCUAAGAUCAGCGGACUUGCUCUCCAACGACACGGUUUUGUUUUCCUCUCGGAGUCGGAAAAGCUUUUGUGCCGCUUUUCCAGCAACCAUCCUCUGUGCAUAAUAUACUCUGAUUAGAUUUGAUUAGAUUUUCUUAUGGAGAAAAUGUCAUUGUUUUUCAUAUUAACAUGGUCACGUGAAAAGAAAUGUAUUUACCCUGACCGUGAUCUUCUCAUGUAAACAUCAUCUAAUUGUUUUUGCAUGCAAUUAAUUCUGGUCACAUGACAAGGGGAUAUAGACUGGGUUUUUUUGUGUUAUUCUUCUUACACAGGAACGGUGAAUCCGAACUUAAGGUCCUUUUUACAUUAGCAAUGUCCAUGCAUGGUGCAGCUGAUUUAUAUGACUUGCAGAAUCAUUACAAAUCUGUCGAAAGCAGGAACUCAAAAAUUCUUGGUUCAUAUUUAAAUUAAGGUUAUUUUGUGCCAUAUCAUAUGUUUCGUGCAUUUUUCCUUGCAGAGGAAUUUCUUGUGUGUGGGGCUGUUUGUCACCCAGUUCAGAAAGAAAAGCCUAGCUUUGUUUUUAAUUAUGAACUUUAAACUCAGUAGUUUUACUUUAUAAUUGACAUUAGUCACUAAAAAGAAAGUAGCUGGCAAGCAAAAAUUUAGACGAUCGGAAGAAAUAUAUAUAUAUUUAAAAAAAGUGGCUACAACUCUGGCACUGAGGGUUUGUCCCAAAGAAAAUUAGUUUAAAGGUUGCCUGUAAGGAAGGCUCCAAAAAUGUUUGAAAUGAACUGUAAGGCCUCACAUGUCAAUCUAUCAAAUGUUAAAGAAUGGUCAAUGGUAUGCCAAUUUUCUUGGAAAAUAAAUUGCAUAUGUAAGCCAUCA